GUCAGAUUUUUGAAAUAUAAUUUUUAACUUGAUAAUAAUAACUCCGUUUAAAAAGCUUUUAUUUGAAGAGCUAUAAUAUAAAACAUAUAAAAAUGAUUUACCCAAAGGAUCUAAAACGAUAUUACGAGUUUCUUGAAAAAGAGUGUCGUGAAGCUGGAAUAAUUGCCGGAAAAUCUGGUCGACAUAUGAAAUUUCCUUACACUCUAUCGGCCAAAAUAGCACAGUAUCCUGUAUUCUUCUACAUGAAAAAUAAUUGGAUUUGGAUGUAUUGGCCUGUGGGCUGUUUCGGAAGCUUUUUUGUGUUCUUUAAAAUCCAUAGAUUGGUGAAUUCUAAAUCAAAUAAAAAAAAUUGGGCAGAAAUUAAAAAAAAGAAUGCUGCAAAGGAGCAUCAUUAAUAUUUAUGUUUGUUAAUAAAAUUACAAAUUAUUUGUAUCUGAAACAUAAAAUUGUGUUGUUUUGCCAACAGACCAUGUUCAAUUUGUUUACUAGUGAUUGAUAAUAUAUUUACAUUUUUAUGUCAUUCAUACAUUUAAUUUUUUAAAAACACCGCGCGACAAUUUUCUCAUCUCAGCCUUUGCGCCAAUCGUGCAGUUAGCACUUUCAUAUUAUUAUAGGUACAAUGAUAUAUUUUUUUGUCUAACGGGCCGGUAAAUCAGCCUUGUCAGAACAGAAAGUUCGAUGAUUGGACACCGGUUUCACAUUUUCAAUCAAUGUACUAGAUUUAUUUCUUCCACAUUUCUACCACGUUUGUCAGAAAUGUAGCCAAAAAUCCUGUAUCAAUGAUAAAGAACCGUUAUUCCAGUAGGUAACAAAAGGCCUAUAACCGUAGCAUGAAAAGUUGGAAUAAAAUGACAUAAUUUUGGUAUUGCUGAAAUGUCAGUAUUGUAUUGUCAGCGUCAAUGUCACUGUCAAACUAAAAUAUUAUUUUGUUGUUGUGUCCGUGAUUCCGUAUUGAAUUUUUUAAUUUCAAAACAUAUUUUAUGGAAUCACAAUGACUGUGAAUUUGUGAUUAUUAUAAAUUGUGUCGUUAUUAUAGACUGAAUUUAGUAAAUAGCCAUUAUGUGGGUUAAACCUCAAGAAAUUUUCAUAAAAACUGCGCUUUGGGAUUCCGACGAAACGACUUUGUACUUUGUCCUACAGAGGAGAAAAGGGCAUGGGAAAUCGAAAGGAUUCUCUUCGCUUCUUGUGGGUACUUUAGACAGCGUUCGAGAUACAAAACCAGCGCCCUAUAGAAUUUUACAUCAGACACCAAACUCAGAAGUGUAUUAUGUAAUAGCUACAGCACUGACUGAACAAGAAAUAAGACAAGAUUGGCAGUGGUUAUUUGACAAUGUGUGCCCGACUCUACAUUCAUUUGAUACAGAAGAAGAAGUGACUGAGUUUGUCUGCUGCAAAAUUAAUUCUAUUCUUGCAACGGAGCAAGAGAUUUUCACUGAAGACGAAGACUCGGUCACAUACAAGAAUGUGGACUAUGAGUUUCACGAAAGGUUCCGCAUGCCCAAAGAUGAGAAACUUGUCUGCUAUUACUCUUGUAGUUACUGGAAGGGAAAGAUGCCCCGACAAGGUUGGAUGUACCUCUCAGUGCACUACAUGUGCUUCUACUCCUACAUAUUUGGACGGAAGACCUCCAUAAAGAUCCGUUGGGCAGACGUCACAGAAUUAGCCAAAACGAACAGUCUCCUAUUCCCGGAUUCCAUAAAAGUGGUGACCAGGGACGGAGAACAUUACUUCACAUUAUUUCUGAGGAAAAAUGAAACAUUUGCUUUAAUGCAACAGUUGGCCAAUAUUGCUAUGAAACAACUUAUCGACGACAAGUCAGGAUCCUUCAACAUUGACAAGGAUCUUCUGACGAAACUCAGCAAAAACGUACCGAAGAAACCAUCGUUCUUGAAAAGAGAUUUAGAUGCAAGAAAGCAGUCUAACCUCUUCACUUUAAGGUUCAGAUUGCCACAAAACGAAAAAUUGGACGGCACGGAAGAAUGUACCUUAUGGACUCCUUAUAAUAAGAGACAUAAUUGGGGAAGGUUGUACCUAUCGCAGAACUUCAUUUGUUUUGAAAGUCGGGUCCGCAAUCUAGUCCGUCUUAAUAUACCUCUCCGCAAUGUCCAUCAAGUGGAGCGGGCGGACUCUGGUGGAACUGGCAGCUCCUCGGGAGACUCUGGGAGCAUCCUCAUCACCACGGCACACCACACCAGCUUCUUAUUCGGAAAUAUCUCAGACAGGGACUUCUUAGUCCAUAAGAUAUCCGAACUUCUUGCUAAACUGCCAAAUGAUGUGUACAGGGAGAAGGCGACCAAGGUGCUGGCGCAGUCUGAAGUCGAAGGUUGGACUCCGCAGCCGCCUCUGAUGACACUCUUCAGGACUCACCAAACGUCACCUAUAAAGCAAAUUCAGCAAAAGAAGGAAAAACAAUGGGAGGAUCACAUGGCAGAAGUAGGCCGCGGCGUCAGUAUGUACCAAACAACGGAAGGGAGUGAACUAGUCGUGAAUGGCAUCCCAGAGCUCUUAAGAGGAGAACUAUGGAGCGUCUUCUCAGGCUCUAUACUCCAGAAAGCUCAAAACAAAGGAUUGUAUGAACGGCUGGUGAACAAAGCUCUUUCUACAAAGACCCAAGCUAAUGAUGAAAUUGAAAGGGACUUGCAUCGGUCUUUGCCUGAACACAGAGCCUUCCAAAAUGAUGUUGGAAUCUCAGCACUUCGCCGUGUCUUAUGCGCUUACGCGUUAAAAAACCCACAAAUAGGGUACUGUCAAGCGAUGAACAUUGUUGCUUCCGUACUACUAAUAUACUGCCCCGAAGAACAGGCGUUUUGGCUUUUGGCGACCAUCUGUGAAACCUUAUUACCUGAUUACUACAAUACUAGGGUAGUUGGUGCUUUGGUGGAUCAAGGUGUAUUAGAAGAAUUAACAGAGGUUCAUCUACCAGAGCUUCAUGCGAAACUCGAUGAGUUGGGCAUGAUGAAGAUGAUCUCCCUAUCUUGGUUCCUGACCCUCUUCAUCAGUGUGAUGCCCUACGAGUGCGCUGUCAACGUCAUGGAUUGCUUCUUCUAUGAUGGCGCUAAAGUUAUUUUCCAGGUAACCCUCACUAUACUCGACAUAAACCGCGAAAAGCUCCUGAAGUGUACUGAAGACGGUCAGGCCAUGCAGGUCCUGAACGAUUACCUCCAAGGCAUCUACAAUGAGGAAGCCAUGGCGCUAUCAACUGAACCACGAACUGCUGAAAAGACUAUAAAAAUCCAAGAGCUGAUAUACCAGUCGUACCGGUCCUACGGCAGUAGUGUUUCUAACGAGAAUAUCGAGCACUUGCGACUGAAGCAUCGUUUGAAGGUCGUCAGACAACUGGAGGACAGUCUUGAGAAGAACACGCUUCGAGCUCUGCUGCAGGACAAGUUGCUCGAAUUGAAUGAGUUGCAGGAAUUACUAAGCGCUAUCCGCGAAGAGUUACUCUGGGCCAAGCGCGUACCUUGCGAGCGGUUGGAAGCUCCCUACGAGUCCUACCGGCUAGAUUACACCCAGUUCAAGACUUUGUUCUGUGCUUUGUCGCCCUGGGCCAAAGGGGACUUCGCUGAGGCUAUCACCGCGAGAAUGUUUAAGUUGAUGGACUACGACGACGACGGGAUAGUAAGCGCGCGCGGCCUGAGCGUGGCGCUAGGGCUGUCGGUCCGCGCGGAGGCGGCGCGGCGCCUGCGCGCGCUGUACGCCGCGCACGCGCCGCCCCUACUGCCGCGCCGGGACCUCAUGCCCACGCACUUCACCGACACGGGAGAGGAACUCGCUGCUGACGCUAUAUCGUUCUUUGAUAGUGCUGAUGACGAGGUGAUACCUGAACCAGGUCCACUGCAGCGCUCCAUAAGCGAAGUAUGUGGCGAUGGCACUCCGAUGGACAAGAGUGACUCGGAAACCAGCCAAAUAGGCCCAACGUACUUCACCGUUGAAAGCGUCCGUGCCUGUGGACUGGCGGGGCUGGCCAGCGGCGCCAGUACGCCGGGCGCGGGGGGUGCGGGGGGCGCGGGGGGCGGCGCUCCCCCCCUGCCGCGCGACCACUUCCUGCAGCUGCUGGCCGUGCUGCACGACCUCACGCAGUCGCGGCCACUGGUCUACGAGGCCGUCGUACUCGCUGGUACUCUCCUCCUACAACUGGGUGAACUGAAUCACCGCCCGCAACUGGACCGCGAGAUGUCACAAGACAGCUUGUUCUUAGCCGCAGCCGCUAAGCAACCAGAAGUGCAGUUGGAUCCCAACGGCAACACAACAGAACCGGAGCCAGAAAUCAGAAAGCCAUCCCCGUCUCCUUCCAAAGAGACAGAACCAGAAGGCGUCUGGUCUAUCACAUUAGAACAGUUCCUAGCCACCAUGCUAUCUCAACCAGCUCUUGAGGAGUUCUUCAAUGAGAAGGUGUCUAUAUUACCAGAGUUGGAACUGCUUAGGCAAAGGGAUAGGCUGCAGUCGAUGUCAUAGCUGAUGGAAAUAGCCGGGUUGCUUGGCAUAAGUCUUUAGUUCCAGGCACCCCUGCUUUAAAAGGUAUGUCGUAUGAUCAUGGUAUUUGUAUUUGUGUAUGUGUUAAAUAAUGCCUGCUGUUUUAUAGUCAUUU